UAUUACUUUUAAGUGCGACGCAUUUUACGUUUAUUCGUGCCAAAUGGAUGAUGGUAUGUAAUUUUCCAUUUAAAAUGUGACUGAAUUACUGAAAACAACUUUGUGUUUCAGGAACAAGCUAUAUGGUUUCCGUUGAAAUCGAUGAGGUGCCUCUAGAACAUCAUGAUGUACCGUGCCUAGAACCCACUGAGCAGAAUGCCAUCAACGGUAUGAAUGAACUUAUAUCAGCCCAAGAGAAUGAAGAGCCCAUAUCUGUAGUGAAUGUGGAUCACCAAGAAAAGGCUAACGGCGAGCUUGAUUUUGACGUUCCGUCUGAGCUAAAUCGUCAAUCUGAAACCGUCAGCGCAGCAGUAACGUAUGGGGGGAGCGAAGAAGCUGAUGACACGGACAACGAUCUCUGGUCCGGCAAAAGAUCACAAGUACGGAAAGAAUUAGAUAAUCGUGCAUCUGUCGUUCUUUUGGACAUCAUUAAGGAACGGUGGGAGGCAGUUACGGACAAGAAAGUAUCAAGAUCUAUCUUGUUUACUUCGAUUGCAAGAGAAAUGAGAGCUAGGGGAAUUAAAAUCAGUCGUAAACCAGAAAAAGUCUGGUCAAAGGUGUACGACAGGUGGAAUAAUAUAAAAAGGUCGUAUACAAACUUCAGCGACUCAUUAUCAGAAACUGGAAAAGGUGCGUCGGCACCACCACCAUUUUAUGAGGAACUUCAGGAAUUGAUGGGUAGUAGAGCAAUUAUGAAGCCCAAAGCAUUAAGCAGCUCCAUGCCCUAUGGAAAAAGAGCUGCGGAAUCUAUGUCAUCCAUAGAUAACGAGAAAGAAAGAGAACUAAUUAGGAAGGAAAACGCUGAGUUGGUGGCACACGGGGCAAUGACACAGGAAGAAGCCGAUGAAGCGGAACAACUGCUAGGUGGUCCCUCAGUACCCGCCAAGAAAAAAACUAAAUUGGGUGCAUCUGCCAAGAUUAUGAGUGACGUAGCUUCCAGUCUGGAUGAACUGAAGUCUUUGGAACAGAAAAGGAUGGAAAAUGCUGAAAAAAGACAGAAAGAGAGAGACGAUCGGGCAGCAAAAAGAGAUGCAUUCAUCCAGGAGACCGAAGAAAAAAAACUUGCUGUUGCAAAUGCCAUGGUUCAAGUAUUGAGCGAAAUACUAAACAAGAAAUGAAAAUGUUUGUCAAUGCAUUUUUAAUUCCCGAAAUUUUCAAUUCUUUUUCAGUGCCUACUAACAAUAAACGAA